UAUGACAAGUUUUGCAAACGAAUUUGCACAUAUUGAGAAAAGCACGCAUAGAAUAUGCCCUUUUGAUAAAAAUCAUAAGAUUAGGGCAAAUUAUUUUCAAUACCACAUCUGUAAAUGCGCCAAGAAACAUCCUAAUCAUGGUUUAUCUGUCUGCCCCUAUAAUUCUACUCAUUAUUUAAGUAAAGAUAAGUUUGAAGCACAUGUUAAACAUGAGUGUCCAGAUCGCUAUAUAUCUGAUGGUUGCACUAGUGGAAAAUCUGUGAAUGUCAAGACGAAAAUGACUUUAGAUAAGUGGUCUGCACAUACUUAUUUUGAGAGUGAAUCAUCCGAAGAGGAAACAGGUUGGGAAACUACCCCAAUUUCGAGACCAUCAGCGAAAAGUAUGGGAAACAAGACAAAAGCUGAUUUUAAAGUUUCAGACGGGUCCAGUAAAAUGUACAGCGGCUACAAUAAAACUUCUUCAGAUAUUGACGAUUCUAUAAGAUUUCCUAAAGAUCUAGAGCAAGAGGAAUCAUCACGAGGAAAAUCUUUUGGGAGAAUACUAAAUCAGGAACCUGCUCUCAAUUCUGAUGAAGACUAUGGAUAUAAUCGUAGUCAGUGUCCAUCAAAUAGAAUAGACUCCACUUUUGAAAAAUCCUUUGAAAGAGACUCUAGCACUGCUUCCACUGUUAGUAAUUCAAUUGAUGAAGAGUUAGAUAGUGAUUCCAUUGCUAAUGAACCUAAAAAUAAUUGUUAUAAAAGUAACUUCAGUAUUGACAAGUCUAUUGAAGCAGAAUAUGAUACUGAUUUCAGUGUUGAUGAGCCAAUAUUUAAAGCUGGAAAUAGAAAUCAUUUCAGUAAUAGUAAAACAUUUGAAAGAGAAUAUGAUACUGAUUUUAGUAUUGAUGAGCCCAUAUUUAAAACUGCAAAUAGAAAUCGUUUCAGUAAUGAUAAAACGUCUGAAAAAGUGUAUGAUAGUGAUAGUAGUUUCGAUAAACCAAUAUGUAAAGCCGGAAAUAGAAAUCAUUUCACUAAUGAUAAAAGAUUUGAAAAAGCGUAUGAUAGCGAUAGUAGCAUUGAUGAGCCCCUGGAUCAUGUUAAAAAAUCCUCUGAAAAGGAUUACUUUGAGGAAAGUGAUUUCAUUGUUGGCGAAUCCUUUAAAAGAGAUUUUAAUGAAGGUACAGUCAAUGAUAAUCACCUUGACAAUUAUGAUUCCUGUAAAAUGAAUCCCGCUGAAUGUGACUAUGAAGACGAAGAUUUCUGCAAAGUUGAAAGUAAGGAAGAUGUAGACGGAAAGGUUAACUUUAGUGGAGAACGUUCGAAUGCAAAUGAUUAUCCUGAAAAUUACCCAGGAAGUGAAAGGAGUAAAUCUGAUGAAAAUUCUACUGAAGAUGAGUUUGAUGGACAAAAUAGAAGUCAAAAGGAAUGUAUCAACGGGAAUGGAUCUAGCGAUUAUGACGAGGAUGACUGGUUCCCAACCCAUUCUACUUUGAACGUGGAUGAGACCGAUUAUGGCGAUGAUGACUGGCUCUCAAGCCAUUCUACUUUAGAUGUGGAUAGAAGCGAUUAUGGCAAAGAUGACUGGCUCCCAAGCUGUUCCACUACAGACGAGGAUGGGAGCGAUUUUUGUGAGAACGACUGGCUCCCAAGUUGUUCUACUACAGACGUGGAUGGAAGUGAUUGUGAUGAGGAAAAGUUUGUUAGAAAUAACUUCAUCGAGGAAAACAGCGACGAACAUAUUUCUUACGACGCAGAUUCCGACAAAUAUUAUUGCAAUGAGCAAAAUACUAGCGAAGGUGAUCCUGACGAGGAAGACUCUAAUGAAUAUGAUUCCAAUGAGCAAAAUGCCUACGAAUAUGACUCCAAAGACGAACACUCCAAUGAAUGUGUUUCUAUUGAACAGAACCCCUACGAAAAUGGUUCUGAUGAGCAAAAUUUCAGUGAAGGUGGUUCUAACGAGGAAGAUUCUGAUAAAUAUGAUUCCAAUGAGCAAAAUGCCUACGAAUAUGACUCCAAAGACGAACACUCCAAUGAAUGUGUUUCUAUUGAACAGAACCCCUACGAAAAUGACUCUGAUGAGCAAAAUUUCAGUGAAGGUGGUUCUAACGAGGAAGACUCUGAUGAAUAUGAUUCUGAUGAACAAUAUUCCUGCGAACGUCAUUCUAACGAGGAAGACUCCAGUGAAUGUAUUGAACAGAACCCCUACGAAAAUGAUUCUAAUGAACAAAAGUUCAAUGAAGAUGAUGCUAAUGAGCGCAAGUCAAACAAAAAUAGUGAGUCCAUGAAGGAAUUUUCUAGUGAUGAUCACUUCAACAAUGAUGACCUAGAUGUAAAAUGUCUUGAAGAAAAUACAACUAACGAAGAUCUUAAGUUUCAGAAAAACAUUAACAUAGAUACCUCUGUUUCGCAAAAUUCACCAGAAGAGGACAUAGCCACUGCAUCUAGUAAUAGCUCGGAUAAAUCUCAGGAGAAACCAGUUCCAAAAAGACAACUCUUCAGUGAAUGCCACUCUCAAAGAGAGCCCCAGAAUGACUCUGAUAUGAAAGUUGACAUCAGUUACUUAGACAAAAAGUUGGAAGAGAGAAAGAAGAAAAGUUUAAGAGGGCCAAAGAAAGAAAAACAAGAAAAACUUACAAUCAUUGACGAAGACGCUUUUCAAAAUGAAGCAGACACCUUUGAAAGUAUUUUGGAAAGUGAUGAAAUUGAAAAGAAAGACAGGGCUAUUGCUGAAUCGAAAGGAAGGGGCCUCCUACGCUAUCUUAAUAAACUUAAAUACAUGGAUAGCGAAAAUGAUUGUGAAGUGCUUGAACCAGCUUCUUAA